UCUGAGUUUGCAUCCGAGUAAAGGUGCUGAAUAUUUGGUGGAACAAAUCAUAGCAUAGUAUGCUUGGGAUACGGAUCUGAAUUGAAAAGCAUAGUACUAGUAUGCAGGUAUAUAUGGAGAGAAGGUGACAGCAAUUAAUGAAUUGAAAUAGAGAUGGAGUGGAUGAAGAUGAAGAUGAAGAUGAAGAUGACGUUGAGAGUGACAAUGUUGCUGCUGGCCAUGCCCUGCCUUGUGGCUAGCUUCGACGUGACAGAACUGCUAUCGCACUACCCAGAGUACACCACAUUCAGCAACUACCUGACGCAGACAGAGCUGGCGACGGCAAUAAACGGAAGACACGGCGUGACCGUCCUGGCCGUCAACAACACGGGCAUGGGGCCUCUCUCGGGGAAGCCAAUGGAACGCAUAAAGAGCAUAUUGAGCGUCCACGUAGCACUCAACAACCUCCACCUCCACCGCCUCAAGCCCAACCAAACCCUCACGCUCACCACUCUCUUGGAAUCUCACGGAGUCCUCAAGAUCCAUAACGGCGCCGUUACCUUCGUGUCUGGCGCGCUUCCUAACGCCAACGCCGUCCUUCCCGUUAGGUUGUUGAAAACCAUUGUCUCCCAAUCAGACCAACACGAUAUUUCGGUGAUGCAGGUGGACAGCCUCAUUAUGUCACCCUCUCACACUCACCUUUCAAAUCCCAAGGAUCUCAUCCCAGUCAUCUCACCCGUUCCGGUCAUAUCUCCCGUUCCCAUUAUCACACCAGUUCCGGUUAAGUCCCCCGUUCCGGUACUUGCGCCCGUUCCAACACCCGUUCCGCUUCUUGCACCAGUUCCGGCUGACAUUUAUGUACCCGUGCCAGUAAUCUCCCCGGUUCCGGUCAAAUCCCCCGUGCCGGUCCUAUCACCCGUCCCUGUUACCUCUCCGGUUCCGGUCAUUUCUCCCGUCCCAAUUAUCACACCGGUUCCGGCUAACCCUCCUCCGGCGCCGGUACAAUCUCCGGGGCCAGUAAUUCAAGCGGUUCCGGUGGCUUCCCCAGUUCCGGUUGUGUCGCCUGUGGCUGUGCCGGUGAUGACGCCAGUUCCGGUGCCGGCAACGGGGCCAAUUCCUGGAAGUGAUGCACCGGCGGGUCCAGCUGAUGAAGCUAAGUCAGGGGUGGCUGAGUUUGGCGUGAAUAUCUCUUUAGCUAUUCUCCUUACUUUCUUAUCAAUCUAUAUGAAUAAUGUGUGAUUGUGAGCAGCUGCACCAGAAGAAGGUGGAGGAGCACGUAGGAGUAGGACAAUUAAUUCCUUCCUUUUCCUUUUCCUUUUCCUUUUCCUUUUCCUUUUCCAUACGCUUUCUUUAGUUUCACGCUAUUUCUGUAUUCUUCCAUAUGCAAUGCAAUGCAGAAUAGUACUUUAAUUA